AAUACAAAGCUGCCGUCUCUCACUCUGUCUCUCUCUUAUAUACUCUGUCUCUCUUCCCAAUUUACCCAAAACCCCAUCUCUCUCGUGCCCCAAGAUUCAAUCUUUUAGGGUUUCUUGACGACCCUUUUGACUGUUUUCUUCAAAUCCCAUUUUCCGGCCACCCAGAAGAUUCAAUUUUCGAAAUCUUGAAUCUUGUUUGUGGUGGUGAAAGUGUUGUUUGAUGGCGUCUGAGAAUGGAAUUGUGGGAGAGGAGAAGAGGGUUGUUGAGAAAGUUGAAAAUGGUGCGGAGAGAGGAGAGAAAGAUGUGAAAUUGGUGGAGGAAGAGGAGGUUCUUGAAGAGAAAGAUGUCGAAAAGGCGGAAGGCGAUGAAGGAGAAGAAGGGGAAGGGGAAGAUGGUGAGCAAGAUGGGGAAAAGGAGGAGGAGAAUUGUGAUGAAGAGGAGGAGAAGAGUGGGGAUGAGAAAGUUGUGGCGAAAAAGCGGAGAAGGCGAGGGAGCGUGAAGGAGGCUCCGGCUACUCCGAUUGAGAGACCUAGUAGGGAGAGAAAGACAGUUGAGAGGUAUAUGGAAAUGUCGGAUUCGAGAAGUUCUGCUGGUAAAGCUGUGUUGAUUGAGAAGGGGAAAGGAAUGCCGCUUAAGGACAUUCCGAAUGUGGCCUUCAAGCUGUCAAAGAUAAAACCUGAUGAAAACUUGAAGAUACUUCAUAGCAUUCUUUUUGGGAAGAGGAUAAAGGUGCACGUAUUAAAACGAAACAUUGGUUUAUUUUCUGGCUUUGUGUGGGAUGCAGAUGAGCAGGAAAAGCAGAGAAUUAAGGUUAAGGAGAGGAUUGAUAGGUGUGUCAAAGAUAAACUGCUGUUUUUUUGCGAUAUUCUUAAUAUACCAGUUAACAAAGCCUCUUCUAAGAAGGAAGAUCUUUCUGUGAAGCUAUUGGAGUUUUUGGAAUCUCCACAUGCCACAACUGAAAAAUUGCUAGCUGAGAGUAAAAAAGGUAAAAAGCUGAAGAGGAAGGCAAAAUCUAGCAAGUCACCGAGUUCUGUGAGAAAAGCUUCAAAAACAAAGUCCAAGAAACAAAAACUCGAGUCUGAAUCUGAGAAGAAACGUAAGAGACCUUUAAAGGAAGAAGAAGAUGAUGAAGCUGAACCCUCAGAAAACGGAGAUGUUUCACAGGAUGAUGGUGAAAAUGAUGCAGAUACAAAGGAGGAGAGUGAUCAGGACAGUAAGUCUGAAGAAGAGAAAAAUGCUGAAGAUUCAAAGGAGAGUGAUCAGGACAGUAAGUCUGAAGAAGAGAAAAAUGAUGAAGAUUCAAAGGAGGAGACUGAUCAGGACAUUAAGUCGGAAGAAGAGAAAAAUGAUGAAGAUUUAGAGGAGAGUGAUCAGGACAGUAAGUCUGAAGAUGAGGAAGAGAACAAGAAAGGUAAACCAAGAAGGGAACUGACAAGCAAAAAGAAUUCUUCCAAGGCAGUUAGUAAGAAUGAUUCUGGGGUUAAAACUGCAGGCAAAUCAACUUCUGUUGAAAGGACCCCUCCUAUGAAAUCAUCCAAAAUAACUCCAAAGCCGACUAAGAAGUCUUUAAUGUCCAUGGGUGAUGCUGAAAAGAAUGACACCAGUGUAGCUUCUGGCUCAUCUCGUAAACCCAAGGUGCCUUCGACUAAGAAGCAAAAGCUGGAUAAGGAACACAAGGAUGAAAGUUUAUCUGCAAAAGCGAAAACCUCAGGCAAAAAAGAACCGAACAAGUCUUCCACAAAGUCACUAGCAAAAGAUCAAGUAGGAAAUAAAAAAGGUGGCAAAAAGGCUAAGCCUGAACCAAGUAAAGAGGAGAUGCAUGCAGUUGUAGCAGAUAUUCUGAAAAAAGUUGAUUUCAACACGGCAACUUUAUCUGAUAUACUGAGACAGCUCUGUACCCACUUCGAUGUAGAUCUUUCGCACCGAAAAGCUGAGGUGAGAUUAAUUAUUACUGAUGUUAUAAGCAACAUGACUGAUGAGGAUGAUGAUGGGGAGGAUGAUGACGGAGAAGAUGGGGAAGGGGAUGGAGAAGAUGAUAACAAUGCUUAGAUGGCAUAGUUUAGGAAACGCUAUUGAAUCCAUCUGCUGCACAUAAGGCUGUGUAACGAGUAAAUGGGGCAGGUCCCCCAGUCCAGAUGAAGGUUCAAAUAAAUUCUAUUUCAAAUGACUUUAGCUCUAUACUUUGGGGGCUGCACUGUAGAUGUUACUUCAGUUCUUUUGCUUGUCUUGAUAGCUAGCCUCCCUUUGGCUGUACUCCACCUAUCUUUAGCUGAUAUUAUUACAAAUGUGAUAUUACUUUGGUAUUUCCUUGGUUUUGAUUUAAAUUGUAUCUGGAUUAACAAGUGACAUUAGUCUCACUUGUUAACCCUCUAACUUGUGCUCUUGGAUGCCUUGAGGUUUGUAUCAGAUUUUAAAUCUUUUUUUUA